UCUCCAAGCUCUCGCCUUCACCCCUCCUCUCCCAAGUCUCUAAUCGACAAGACCUUGCGAGUCGAGACUUGGCUGCGACUCGCUUCAUUACCACCAACUCCGAGGGACAGACAGCUGCGUAUACCUACAAGCUCUCCAGAAGGCACAAGGUCAAGGUCGGCAUGGCGGCGGCUCCCAAGACGGGCGUCAAGGUGGUGGUGGUCGGGGCCGGGUUCGGGGGGCUGACGGCGGCCAUCGAGUGCCACCUCAAGGGCCACGACGUGGAGGUGUACGAGAACUUCCCCGAGCUCAAGACGCUGGGCGAUAUCAUCUCGUUCGGUGCCAACGGCGGGCGCAUCUUCAACCGGUGGGCGUCGGGGGCCGUGGCGCGGCGGCUGCGGGCGCUGAGCAUCGACCUGCGCGGAUACGGCUUCCGCAUCCACAAGUACGACACGGGCGAGGUGGUCUACCACCAGAUCACCCCGCCCGACAAGCCCGACGCCCCCGUCUUCAACGGCCACCGCGGCGAGCUGCACCAGGUUGUCUUCAACUACGCGCGCGACGAGCUCGGCAUCCCCAUCCACCUCGGCCAGCUCGUCGAGGAGUACUUUGAGGAUGCCGAGAGAGCGGGCAUCGUGCUCCAGUCGGGCGAGAAGGUGUUUGCCGACAUCGUCAUUGGCGCCGACGGCGUACGCUCCAAGGCGCGCGAGCUGGUGCUGGGCUACGUCGACAAGCCCAAGAGCAGCGGGUACGCCGUGUGGCGGGCGUGGUUCCCCAACACGGACAUGAUCGCGGACCCGCGCACCAAGGAGUUCUGCGAGAAGGGCGACACGUUCAACGGGUGGAUUGGGCCCGACGUGCACUUCCUGUUCAGCACCAUCAAGAACGGCAGCGACUGCUGCUGGGUGCUGACGCACCGCGACGAGCACGACAUUGACGAGUCGUGGUCGUUCCCGGGCAAGCUGGAGGACGUCUACAAGGUGCUCGAGGGCUGGGACCCCGUGUGCCGCGCCAUCGUCGAGAAGACGCCCGCGCUCGUCGACUGGAAGCUCGUGUACCGCGACCCGCUACCCACCUGGGUCAGCCACCACGCCCGCAUCCUGCUGCUCGGCGACGCCGCCCAUCCCUUCCUGCCCACCAGCGCCCAGGGCGCCACCCAGGCCAUGGAGGACGGCGUCACCAUUGCCGUAUGCCUGCAGCGCGGCGGCCGCGAGAAUGUGCCCGCCGCCGUCAGGGCGUACCAGGAGAUCCGGUACGACCGCGUGCGCGCCGUGCAAAAGACGGGCGAGACGACGCGCGACCGCUGGCACAAGACCGACUGGGCCAAGGUCGCCGAGGACCCGGCCAGCAUCGCCUUCAGGCGCGAGGACUGGAUCCACGACCACGACGCCGAGGGCCACGCCGGCGACGUCUUUGACGACGUGUUCAAGCGCGUCACCACUGGCGCGUCCGACGGGAGAGCGGCGCCGCUGCUGCCUGUCGGCCCGGCGCCGCCUGCUGUUGCUGUUUGACGUGGUGCAAGUGUGUUGCGGGUGUUUAUGGAGGUCAGGGAGGGAGACAGG